AUGUCGUCGUCCGGCGCUCCUGCCGCUCCUCCGGCUUCAGUUGCGUCGGCCUUGGAGUCUUCACAUCCUCCUGCGCGAGAUGAGGAGUCCGCUGAGUUGGUAAACUCGGCGUCCCGGGCUCGCGGGGUCAGCGAUGGGCAGGAACACCCUGUUAUCGAUCUGACAACUUCCCGUGAGUUCGACCGGGAGUCCGAGCCGGCAUCUCGCACUUCUCCUCGCCGCUCGCCGAGUCCGCGUGGUGACACCACUUCGGGCGCCGCCGACCUUGGUCGGUCGGACUCGGCUGGGCCGGUGAGUCUCGACUCUCUCGCUGCGCUGAUCCAUGCGCAGUCCGAGCAACGCCGCAUCGAGAACGCGGACUUGGCUCGGCUGUUGUCGUUCGUGAUCACUCGUCCCGCGCCGGCGGCUGAUAGAGAGGUUCGCCGAGCUGCCCUCGAGGCGACGUCCGUCAGCGAACUCGUGAGCCUCCUUCGCGGUCAGCACCAACCUCCAAGUCAAGCUAGUGACGUCGCUGCACUGAGGGCGGCUGUGAAGGCUGGCCUUGAGGAACGGUUGAAGACUGUCGAGGAAGAACGUGACCGAUGGAAAGCCGAGUCGAAGAAAUCGUCCCCCCUCCUGACCAGCUUCCGGAAGGCGAUGGCCGAAUCUGAAGCUUCCUUGAAAUCGGCCCGCAAGUCUCAGGAUGAUAAAGUGAAGUCGGCUCUCGCUCACGCUAAGGAUCUCGGCAAACAGCUCAGGGAGCGCGACUCGGAAAUUGAGCGCUUGACUCAACUUCUUUCGGCUCGUCACGCUGAGUACGCUGUGCUCCAGGGGAUCUCGACCAAGCACUUCGAGCAACUGCAGGAGUCGGCUCGGCUACUCAUUUCUGGAGACGCCCAAUCUCUCCGUGAUGCCAAGGCUACUAUUAAACACCAGCGUGAGGUCAUCCUCCGGCAGAAGCGCGUCAUUUCUCGCAUGGGUCUUUUACCCAUGCACGAUCCUCACAUGGCUGCUGCAGCUGCAGCCGGCCGGAUCCUGGCUCAACGUUUCCCGGAGGUGAUGGACAUCCCGGCUGGAGAGACUCGUCGAGUCGAGUUGACCAUCCACCCGCGAGCGGACGGUGCCGCUACUACUCUGCCAGCGCCCGUGAACUCGGCUGGUUCCUUCCUUGGACAAUCAACUCGGCUGACUGGGGCUGAGGCUCCGGCCCCUCCAAGCGAGUCUCCCGCAUCAUCUGUCGCCAAUCCUGUGUCGGCUGGUGCGGUUUCUACGCCUGUGUCCACUUCUGCUUCGCGCCGUCGCCGCAGCAAGUCGUCGGCGACGGCGGCUGGUUCUCGGCGCACGCCCAAGAAGCCACUCGAGCAGCCGUACGCGUGUCCACUUCCUGGUGAGGUCGGCCAUGAAGACGCGUUGGUUCAGCUUGAAGAGGCUGCUAAAGAGACUGACGCUGCAUGCGACCUAUCGCUCCGGCCGAGCUUGAACUUAGCCGGGUUGGCUGUCGACGAUGUGAAUGUGGAGGCCGGCGACGAGAUUCACUCACUGGAAGAGGACCUCUCGUUCGAGUUCAACGAAGUGUCUGAUUCCGCCGAGCUUCCAGGGGGGCCCGCCGGCCCGACCGUGAGUGUGCCGCCCGUGCAACUCGUGCCUUACCCUUCCUCCCCGGUGCAGACGCCUUCAAGCGGAGUGGCAGUUGUAUCGGUGCCUGGAUCUGUUGACAUUGCUGCAACUCCGUCCGCUUUGUCGCUUCCUGCCUCGGUUCCGUUCCCGACUUGUGUCCGGUGGGUUCCUCCCUCGACCAGCGUGCCGAGCUCGGUUGUGGUGACAUCAACUGUCGGCGUCGGAGGACAACCGGGUUCCUCUGCUCCCGGUCCGGCGCUUGUUACAACGCACGCUGUGAUUGCGCCGAGCUCGGCGGCUGGAGUCUCGGCUGCGGGUACAAUUCACAGCUCCGCUGCACUUCCGCUUCGGGUUUCGCAGUCUUCUCCCGGCUCGGCUGCUCACCGGCUCUUGGCCUGUACUCGUUCCCAGUUUACCAAUCAAGCCCAGAGUCGUCGUGGCCUGUCCGGGGUGGUAUCGACUGUAGUCACCCCAAUGCCGAGCACUCCGUCAGUGGUCUCGACCCGGCCAGCGGUUCUUCCGAGCUCAGCUGGGAUGACUUCUCCAUCGGGUCGCCCUUUACGCUCCACUGCGGCUACUGCACGAGUGUUGAACGCUCACUGCUUGGAUCUGUUAGAGACUCCUGACUAUCUCGUCUUCUGGUCCGCUCGGCGUAGCUCUUCCUCUUGUUCGUCGGGCUCGGCUCUUGGAUUGAAUGCUCCUGGGACCUCAGCACAUCCGUUGUCUGUGUCCGACAGCUCUGAGUCUGAGGCUGACGACCCUGGAUCUGCUGACGAGCUCAGUUCGGCCGACCCUGACGCAUCUCGCCGGGCUUCGUUAGCUUCUGCGCUCCCACCUCCGCACGGGAAGCUCCAGAGCUACAUGGCUGCUCGUCAAUCGCCUCUCGUUCCGUCCAGCGAGUCAGGUGACUCAGGCUCACAGCCGAGUUCCAAGAAGCAGAGCGGUAAGGGCAAGCGCAAGCGGAGGCGCAAGCACAAGCUCAAGCACAAACACAAGCACAAGCACAAACACAAGUCGAAGUCGAAGUCGAAGUCGGCAGGGUCAAAGAAGUCGAAGAGGUCUGCGUCUCCGGACUCGGCUAAGGGCCUCCGCCUGUCCAAGCGUCAGCGAGGUUUGACUGGGGACUUGGCCGUCGGUCCGACUGAGGUUUCUGCCGCUUCCAGCUCGACUAAAACCUCGGCUGGGAGCUCUGGCAUCCCAUCGAGCUCGGCUGUUUCGCCGUCGCCUAUUUCUGCUGGUCCAGCUUCAACCCUGUCGGUGCCUAUCGUGACCGCUCAUGACGCUGGCGCCCACGUUCUCCCUCAGUUGGCUGCAGCUUUACGCUAUUCGCUCGCUCAGCUGCGCACUCGAGCUGGCCAGGCGGUCGGCCGAGAUGCCCGGAUCACUCCCCAGCUAGCUCAGCUGAGUGACAUCCGCUUCGUUCAUUACGGGUCUCGGUGGUGCUGGGAGACUAUCCUCAGCCAUCAAACGGCCAAGGUCACUGUGGAUGACGCGUCGGGGAAGGGUAGUGUGCCGGUUACGCUCUGUUCCCUCGCUGGUAUUAAAGCGUUCGCGGACGUCUACCAUCCGGAUCACCCGGCUCAGCGGCUCCUUCGUCUGCUUCCCAAGACUCCCAUCUUCUUCUCCCCUCAAGUCCUCAACGAUGCCAAGCGCCGGUUGACGAACUCGGUGAAGUCGGUGACCUUGAUGGAGCGUCUCGCAGAAGUGUUCGUGAAGAUCCGCGGGGAGGCUCCGAACUCGGUUUGUGACAAAGAGGGUCCUACCAAGUUCUUCGUAGCACUGUUCGAGCGGUGUCACUGGAUGGUCGAGUCGAGUGUGCUGAUGGGGCUACAUCCGCCUUUUCACACGGGGCUUCCGUAUCACGUGAUAGCCGAGAUGUAUGACACGUGGGUGCUGUACAAGUUGGCUCGCAAGCGUCGAGGCGAUGCCCUCCGAAGUCUCAUGACUAUCCUGCCGGACGACCUGUUCACUGCAGUGAUGAAGCUUUUCGGCGGGCUUGCUGCCCCGGAAAUCGACGCGGAGCUCUUCUUCGAGCCGUCGGUCCCGUUGUAUCCGCUGGUCAACCUUGCUUGGAUUCCUGCGGGCAGAGACUGGUUUGCUGAAGCCAAGUCUAUAGACGACUCCGAGCCUUGGCGAGCUUGGUUGUUGACCGACCCAGCGACGCACCCGUACAACACCUGCUUCCGGACGCGUAACUUGGAAUUCAUGGUUGUCGCUCCCGCUGGUGUGGAUCCGCGCCUAGUCGAGGAUGCUGUCGAUGAAGAUGUGGACCUCGACGAGCCUGCGCCUCCCCAGAUUUCGUCAAGUGCUCCGACUCCGGUCAACCGUGCAGGAAUCCACAUCUUCCAAGGUUGUGAAGCUGGUGAGCUCGGCUGGGCCGCUGGCGAUGCGGAUCCGGCGUCUCCGUUGAUCGGGUCGCCUAACGUGUGCAGCCCUUCUCCCACGGCUUCCCUCUUUGGUCCGGCGUCGCCUGGGUCUCCAGCUGAGUCGAGCGCAGGAUCGAGUGUCCCUCUGGCUAACAACUCGGCUAUUCCGGCUUCAAGCUCAGCGGACUCGGCUGUGCAGACUGCGGGAGCAGCGGAUAGCUCGGCCGGCUCAGCUACGAACACUGGAGGUUCGAUUGGUCUCCUCGCAGCGGCUGCUGCUACCGUCGUGUCCUCUGCCGCGCAUUCACAGGGUCCUUCGUCUCCGUAA